AUGGGCGCCGGAGGCAGAAUGUCAGUCCCCCCCUCGAGCAUGGCCCCACGGCCCCUCAAGCGGGUCCCACACUCGAAGCCCCCGUUUACAGUCGGUGACCUCAAGAAGGCCAUUCCCCCACACUGCUUCAAGCGCUCCAUCCCUCGUUCCUUCUCCUACGUGGCCCUCGACCUCACCAUAGCCACAAUCCUCUACCACCUCGCCACCGCUUACAUCAGCAUCCUCCCCAACCCUCUCCCUUACCUCGCCUGGCCCGCCUACUGGUUCGUCCAGGGCUGCGUCCUAACAGGCGUGUGGGUCAUCGCGCACGAGUGCGGCCACCACGCCUUCAGCGACCACCAGUGGCUCGAUGACUCGGUUGGGCUCGUCCUCCACUCGGCCCUCCUCGUCCCCUACUUCUCCUGGAAGUACAGUCACCGCCGCCACCACUCCAACACGGGCUCCCUCGACCGAGACGAGGUCUUCGUCCCGAAAACAAAGGCCCAAAUCAAGUGGUUCGCCAGAUACAUCAACAAUCCGGUGGGCCGCACUCUCACUCUCGUCGUCCAGUUCAUGCUCGGCUGGCCGCUAUACCUCAUGUUCAACGUAUCGGGCCGACACUACGAACGGUUUGCGUGCCACUUCGACCCGAAAAGCCCGAUCUACUCCGACCGCGAACGGGCCCAGAUUCUGGUCUCGGACGUGGGAGUCCUUGCCGUCUGCUACGGGCUCUACCGGCUCGCGGCAGCAAACGGGCCUGCGUGGGCCUUUGCUGUGUACGGAGGCCCGUUGCUCGUGGUGAACGGGUUUCUUGUUCUGAUCACGUAUUUGCAGCACACGCACGCGUCCUUGCCGCACUACGACUCGUCCGAGUGGGACUGGCUGCGUGGGGCCCUGGCCACGGUGGAUAGGGAUUACGGGAUAUUGAACAAGGUUUUCCAUAACAUAACCGACACGCACGUGGCCCACCAUCUCUUCUCGACAAUGCCACACUACAAUGCGAUGGAGGCCACCAAGGCGAUUAAGCCGAUUUUGGGGAGUUAUUAUCAGUUUGACGGGACGCCGGUUUACAAGGCGGUGUGGAGGGAGGCGAAGGAGUGCGUGUACGUGGAGGCGGAUGAGGGUGAGAAGGAUAAGGGUGUGUUCUGGUACAAGAACAAGCUUUAG